CAUUAUUGUUUCUUCUACUCUGUUUUCAAUUUUAGCCGGAGCUUAAAACGGUGCGGUUUUCCGAUAAGUAUGGGAUUGAAAUCGUUCGUUGAAGUUCAAUCGGAUUCCCAAUUUCCGAUCGAGAACCUUCCGUACGGUGUUUUCCGGCCUGCGCCGGAUUUUGAGCCUAGAAUUGGUGUUGCCAUUGGUGAUUACGUUUUGGAUCUCUCCGUUAUUGCUUCCGCCGGUCUAUUUGACAGUCCUCUUCUCAAAAAUUCGGAUUGUUUCAAUCAGUCUAAUCUCAACAAGUUCCUGGAACUGGGACGUCCUGCAUGGAAGGAAGCUCGUGCUACAUUACAAAAGCUAUUGUCUGAUACUGAACCAAUAUUGCGUGACAAUGCAUUUCUGAGGCAAAAAGCUCUUCAGCCUAUGGACAAUGCGGAAAUGCUUCUUCCUGUUGCAGUUGGAGACUAUACUGACUUUUAUUCAAACAUAAAUCAUGCCACGAAUUGUGGGCUCAUGUUUCGUGGCUCUGAGAACCCAAUCAAACCAAACUGGUUUUGUCUUCCUAUUGCAUACCAUGGACGUGCCUCAUCUAUUGUUGUAUCGGGCACUGACAUUAUAAGACCAAGAGGACAGGAUCGUCCCAAAGGGAACUCACCACCAUAUUUUGGACCAUCUCGUAAAAUGGACUUUGAGCUAGAAAUGGCUGCUGUAGUUGGGCCUGGAAAUGAACUUGGAAAGCCAAUAGAUGUUAAUGAAGCUGCAGAUCACAUAUUUGGCCUCGUCUUGAUGAAUGAUUGGAGUGCUAGAGAUAUCCAGGGUUGGGAAUGUGUACCUCUCGGUCCGUUUCUUGGGAAGAGCUUCGGCACAACUAUAUCGCCUUGGAUUGUGACUUUAGAUGCUCUGGAACCAUUUGUUUGUGAUGGUCCAAAGCAGAAUCCUCCUCCCUUACCAUAUCUCGCGGAGAAGGAAUCCAGAAACUACGACAUAGAGUUGGAGGUUUUCAUUAAACCUGCUGGACAAGAACACUCCUAUGCUGUCACGAAAAGCAACUUCAAGCACUUAUAUUGGACAAUUUCGCAACAACUUGCUCACCAUACUGUCAACGGUUGCAACCUAAGGCCCGGUGAUCUUCUUGGAUCCGGGACUAUGAGUGGACCUGAACCAGGAACUUACGGAAGCCUUCUUGAGCUAACGUGGAACGGAACAAAACCUCUGUCUUUAGGUGGAGUUACUCGUGUAUUCAUUGAAGAUGGAGAUGAAGUUAUUUUCACCGGGUGUUGUAAGGGAAAUGGCUAUACAGUUGGUUUCGGAAAAUGCUCUGGUAAAAUUCUUCCAUCACCAUACUGAGAACAUGAAUUUGUUAGCCCAAUCCAGUCCUCUUCAAUCUCGUCGAAAUAAAACUAGGA